AUGCGAGACGUCCCGCUCGAAGACCUCCACUUUGACGGCUGCGUCUCCACUCAGCAGCACCCCGACGGCGUGCAGCCGUGGCGCCUGCCGGUAAAAGACGUCGAGCUCUUCCAUCCAGAUCUGGUCCGGUCUGCGGGUGGUGCCUCGGGCGUGCGGAUCCGAUUCCGCUCAGACACCGGCUCGCUGCGACUGCGCGUGCGUCGCCUGCGCACGUACUGUCGAUACGACUACGACCUGUUCGUCGACGGCGCGUUCGUCGCCUCUCACGUCGAAGAUCCGGAGCAUCCCAUCGCGCUCGCUGGACUGUCCGAGGUACCUUCGCGCUUCCCCGAGGCGAUGGCGCGUGCUGGAGACGAAGGCAGCGAGCUAAUGAUCACGUUCGGGGACGCUGCUCCGGCGGCGUCGCGCGAGGAGCGCGUCUUUGAGCUGUGGCUGUCGACGGCCGGCCCGCAGGUGGUGACUGGCUUCUGGCUGGACGAGGGGGCGUCGCUCGCGCCUGCGCCGGACCCUCGGCCGCUCUGGGUGACACACGGCUCGAGCAUCUCGCACGGCACCGGGUUCGACGCCAUCUUCUCCGGCCCCGGCUGCCCUGCCGGCUCUGCGCGCAGCCCCAGCCGCUCGUGGCCGGCGGUCGCGGCGCGCGAGGCGGGGCUCAACCUGCUCAACCUCGGCUACAGCGGCCAGUGCCACCUGGACCAGGCGGUGGCGCGCACCAUUCGCGACCUCGAUGGCGUCGCAGCAAUCUCGCUCAAGCUCGGCAUCGCAUCGCAUCGCAAAGCUAUGCUCCGCGCUGCCGCGCUCGGCUUCCUCGCCACGGUCCGCGACGGCCACCCGACCGUGCCUCUCCUCGUCCUCUCCCCCGUGCACGGCUCCGGCUGGCGCGAGGACGGCUCCUGCUCGGCUCUCAUCGUGGCGCCUGACCGGGAGGCGGUAGACCCGCGCUACCCAACCCUGAGCCAGAUGCGGACCGAGCUCGAGCGGGUGGUGGGGCUGCUCCAGCGGCGCGGCGACGACCGGAUCGCCUACGCGAGUGGCCUCGACCUCUUCGGGCCGGACGACUUUGCCGCCGGCCUGGCGCCGGACCAGCUGCACCCCUCCCCGGACGGAUACGAGCUCAUGGGGCAGCGCUUUGCGCAGCUCGCGUUCGGGCCUCGCGGGAGGCUGCUGCCGGGCCGCCUCCCGCCCGCCCCCACGGCCGUGCCCGCCAAGGCCGCCGCUGGUGCUUGGCGCACGAGCAGCUCGGGCGCGGCCGUGGCCACUGCAGCAUUGGGGCGGCGCGGCUUUCGCUGCCUCGCUGAGGCCUUGUCGCUAGCCUCGCGUCGCUCUCGCAUCCGAAUGGGCGUGUACAACGACCCCUGUAAAAUAAAUAAAUAA